CCACGCCUCCAUGAGGCUGGUAGUGAAAUCUUCGAAUGUUCUGCACUGAGUCAUUGUUGGGGAACUUCGCCAAUAGUGACAACCGCUACCGCAAAACUCUCAGAUCGGAGGACAGCCAUCCCCUGGGACAUUCUAUCAAAUACAUUCAAUAAAGCAAUAAUUGUGACUCACGAGCUCAGAAUGCGGUACAUCUGGGUCGGCUCACUCUGCAUAUUACAAGAUGACAUAAUGGACUCGGAA